UUAUCUGAUAUAAGUAAGUUUAAAUUUUAUUCAAUUAUAUUUUGUUUAAACCGAUUAUUUUGUUGCGGAGUCAAAUUUCCCGCUCAAUCUUCCCACUCCCCUUUUCUCAUGGCUGCGAUACGUAAGAAACUUGUCAUCGUUGGUGAUGGAGCCUGCGGAAAGACUUGUCUUCUCAUUGUCUUCAGCAAAGAUCAAUUUCCUGAAGUUUACGUGCCUACCGUCUUCGAAAAUUACGUUGCAGAUAUCGAGGUUGACAGCAAACAGGUAGAGCUUGCACUUUGGGAUACCGCUGGGCAAGAGGAUUAUGAUCGACUUCGACCUUUGUCUUACCCUGACACAGAUGUAAUACUUAUGUGCUUUUCUAUUGAUAGCACCGAUAGUCUUGAAAACAUUGUCGAAAAAUGGCAUCCAGAGGUUAAGCAUUUCUGUCCAAACGUCCCAAUUAUCUUAGUUGGCAAUAAACGCGAUCUGCGCAAUGAUGAAAGGGCUCGUCACGAAUUAGCCAAAAUGCGACAAGAACUA